CGAUCAAACAAUACCAUUAUAUUAUUCUAAGUGUAAGAGAGUAUGGGAAGUAGCGGGCAUGAGAAUCUCCUGGAAGACCUAAAGAUCAGUAUAGAGAGGUCAUGUAUGGUAUUUCCAUGGCGAGAAACGGAGAGAAAAUCCAUGUUCUUAUCGAACAUAGACCAAGUCCUCACUUUCGACGUCCAAACACUCCACUUUUUCCAAGCUCGCGAUGAUGAUGAUCCAGAUGAUGUAGCCAAGAAAGUGAAAGAGAGUUUGGGGAAGGUUCUGGUGGAGUACGAUUACUUGUGUGGGAGACUGAAGAUGAACGAUGAAACGGGUCGUUUUGAGAUCGACUGUGAUGCCUCCGGUGCUGGCUUUGUUCAGGCCUCUUCUCAGUAUUGUUUGGAUGAGAUUGGAGACUUGACUUUUCCUAAUCCAGCUUUUGCUCAACUUGUUUCUCCUUCUACUAAUUUCAAUCAUUCCCCACUUUGCAUUUUUCAGGUGACAUCUUUCAAGUGCGGUGGUUUCGUAAUAGGCAUCACCACCAACCACGUAACCUUCGACGGCUUCAGCUUCAAACUCUUCUUACGAAACCUCGCCGCCGUGGCCGCCGACAAACCCUUACUCCUCUCCCCAUGCAACGACCGCCGACUCCUCGCCGCUCGAUCCCCGCCACUUGUCGAGUUUCCCCACCCCGAGCUCUUCAAGCCGACGUCGACGACUCCCACCGCCAGUGUCUUCCAACCAACCAACACGGACGCCGCCGUCUUCGAAAUCUUCCGGCUCAGCUCCGCCGACAUAAACCGCCUCAAAGAGAAAGCUCGCCCCCCAAACGAAGAGGACUACUACUCCGACGGAGCCAAGAACAUCACGAGCUUCAAAGUCGUCACGGCCUUCUUGUGGCGGUGCAAGGCGCUGUCGAGCGAAGACGCGGCGCCUGAGAAAGAAUCGACGAUCCUUUACGCGGUGGAGAUACGGCGAAGACUGAAGCCUCCGCUGCCGGAGAGUUACAGUGGGAACGCGGUUCUGACUGCGUACGAGAGGGAGCUGGAAGAAUGGGAGUUUUGGAAGAUAGUUGAGAGAGUGGCGGAGGGGGAGAAGAGGAUGACGGCGGAGUACGCGAGGUCGACCAUAGACUGGGGAGAGGUGUACAAGGGGUACCCUCACGGGGACGUGUUGGUUUCGUCGUGGUGGAAAUUAGGGUUUGAUGAGGUUGAGUAUCCAUGGGGGAAGCCCAAGUACAGCUGUCCCGUCGUCUCAUCACAGCUGAGAAAGGACAUUAUUGUUCUCUUCCCAGAUCUUGUCAAUAAUAAUGGUGGUGGCUGCGGUGGUGGCGGUGGCGGUGGUGGUGGUGGUGGUGGUCGAGGAGUUAAUGUUUUGGUUGCUUUGCCAGCUAAGGAGAUGGAUAAGUUUCGAACUUUCUUCCGUACGUUCCUGUUUGGUUGAGAGGAAACCAUCCAGAAAUUAUAUAUAUAUAUAUGCAUUAAUAAUGUUAGGUAUCACUAACAGUAAUUUUAGUAACUUUAAUUUUAUUAUAUAUAUAUAUGCAUUAAUAUAUAAUGUAAGAUAUCAGUACUGUAGUGCUGAACGAAUUUUAGUAUUUUCUAUACAUGAAUACUAAUAAGAGAGUAUCCAAUGGAGGCAAUGCAAGUUUUCUCUCAAAAUUAUAUAUUAAUAUUUUAUUAAAAGUAGCCAAUUAUAAUUUUUUUCCUUUUUUAAACAAUAAAAAAAGUUGGCAAUUUUGCUUCGUCUACGGCAACUCCCACUAGAGAUGCUCUAAGAAUAUUCUCUAAGAUUAUACGUGUACUGAAUGUUUAUUUAAAGGGAUUAUAUAUUUUUGGACCA